GCGUGCGCAUUAGCGCCUGACGCGUGUCGCGCUUGCGCUGCUGAGGCCCCGGACACGUUCGCACGAGUGCAGGCCGCUGCCGCCCUUCCUAUCGCCAUGUCGGACCGGCUCAGCAAGCCCACGUGCCUCAUCGUCGCUAGCGCGGCUGCCGCCGGGGGGUCUGCCCAAUCCUUCCUUCACUCUUUCACGCUGGCUAGCUCUGCUUUUAAUCUACAAGUUGCCACACCAGGGGGGAAGCCAAUUGACUUUGUAGAUGUGAAUGACAGCAACUUGCGUUGGAUACAAGACUUCCGGCUGAAAUCUUAUGCAAAUCCUGCGAAGUUGGAGUCAAUUGAUGGUGCUAGAUACCAUGCCUUGUUGAUUCCUAAUUGUCCAGGGGCUGUGACUGACCUUGCAAACAGUGGAUACCUAGCAAGGAUAUUACAGCACUUCAGCACAGAGAACAAGCCUAUUUGUGCUGUUGGACAUGGAGUUGCUGCCUUAUGCUGUGCCACAAAUGAGGAUAAAUCCUGGGUAUUUCAUGGAUACAGUCUGACUGGGCCUUCUGUGUAUGAACUGGUAAGACAGCCCAAUUUUUCCAGUUUGUCCAUUAUCGUGGAAGACUUUGUGAAAGACUCUGGAGCUACGUUUAGUGCCAGCAAGCCAGAUGCUAUACACGUAGUGUUGGACAGACAUCUGGUUACAGGACAAAACGAGAAUUCCACUGUUGUAGCAGUCCACAACCUUGUUCUUCUCUGCAAUGGCAGCAGGAAAUGAAGGAGCAGGUCUCCUUGUAGCUGGAAUGGAUGAAGGACCAGACUGAAGAGUCUCAUAUCUGUGAACUGGAUCUCUUGCUGACAGAUGCCUCUUGGCAUUUCUGUUAUGGACUAACAGUUUGAUGUGAAGAGGCAAUCUCCAUGUUUGUACAUGUGGAAUGAAUGGAUGGAACCUGUGAAAUAAGAAAGCAUUGAAAUGCAGCGUACCUUAUGGAUGAUUCUGAUAGUCUCACUUUAUUAGCACUUUUUUUUUUCUCCCCUUUUCUGAUCCUGCUCUUAAGUUUGCCCUGACUUUUGGGUUUGUUCAGGUUUUUUUAAGAAAACAUUUAUGUUUAUAGUACCAACAUUUUUACUUGUAGUGAGAAAUUGACUCCAUCCAGGGCCACAUUGUCAACACUUAUUGGACCUUGGUAAUUCUUCAUCUUGGCAAAGCAUAGUUCUGAAAUAUACUGUAGUGAGGCACAUUCAUUAAUCAGCAGGAGUCUUUUUGAUUUUAAUAUAAAAAUCCCUAGUUAAUGCUGCGUUUAAGUGGCUUCAGGCCUAUUUUAGUCCCCUGUCCAAUGAGUCACAAAGCUGGUUCCAGACUGUCUAAUGGAUUUAUCAAAUGGCAACAUACAUGAAAUAUGAAGGAGAACAUUUAGUCAAAUCCAGCAGGAAUGGAGCAGAAAAGUCGAGUCUGAAGGCAGCUCACCUUGAAGAUGCUACUGAAAUUACAUGCUCUUGGUUUUUCUCAUUGUCUAUUCAGAUUUAAUGUAUUCUGUAUAAAGGGCUUUGUCUGCUGAACUGUUGUUUUUAAGCAGCCCUCUAAGUGGUUGUUGUCUUCACUUAUGCUGCUUGUAUUAUUUUUAUUAUAUUUGGAUGGUGUGGAAUAUUUCUUUCAUGAUUACAGUGCCAUUGUCUGUUGCUUGGAAUUUUGUGAUGAGAGGAAAAAUGUGGAAAAUGUAAUUACUUUGAACCAAAUAGACUGAACCGUGCACCUGAAUUCCUAGUA